GUGGGUUCCGUCGACGUCCUCGCAGGGCAAUGUGGUGUGGGUCCGAAGGUCCAUUCCUGCGGCCCGGCUGGCAUGGUCAUGGACUACCUCCCCGGCCGCACGCUGGAGGAGGCCGACGUGCACUCCGGCAACCAGCGGCUCCUCGAGGCCAUCGCGGAGCGGCUCAGCGAGCUGCACAGGCAGCCAGUGCCGAAGUCGACCAAAGGCGAGCCAAUGCUCUGGCGGACCAUGGACAAAAUGCUGCUGGCCACGGUUUUGACGCGGUUUUGGGGUUGA